AUGUCUUCCGACCUCAACUACGCACGCUUCUGCUCUCUCCUCGACAGCACGGACCCGCCUCUCGUGCGGCGCAAGUCGAGCAAGUGGAAGGUUCUCUCGCAGAACUGGUGGGAUUCCCUUCGCGACGAAUCUCGGCAAGAGCUGGACCAGUGGGCCCUUGCUGUCGUAAACGCCUGGCAUCGGAACUUUCACGGCCUGCCGGCAGCGGAGGAGGCAGAAGCGGUGAAGCAAGACGAAGUUCUCGAUCACCAGAAACGCUGUCACGCUUGGCAAGCCAUGAAGCAGCAGUCCUCGCCAAAUUCGGGCGGGUUUCUCGGCGACGGACUGCGCCAAACGCUCCGCAAGAAGCUCUCUGGCAUCUCGCUACGACGUUCGAGCUCGCCGCCUUUGGACAGCCAGUACCGCGCCAUCGGCCAUCGAGCAGCGCGUUGGUACGGAACUAGCAAGGAGGCCUGGGAUGCGGGGGAGGCGUUCUGA